AUGGAUACUGAAGAAGUUGCUUGUAAUGCCACAGGGGCCGGGGUGGGCAAGCAGAAGAUUGCACUUCCCAUCAUUAGUGUGAAGGUCCGUGGGCAAGUUCAAACCAAAUUUGUUGAAACAUACGCUCUUUUAGAUAGUGGCUCAACUCAAAGUUUCUGUUCAGAAGAGUUAACGAGGUCAUUGAACUUGGAAUCUACAAGAAAAAUUCACAACAUUGUUUUAAACACACUUGGUCACCAAAAGAGAGUAUUCAGUAAAUCUGUAAACUUGGAGGUGACAAAUGCAGAUGAAACUUUGAUAUAUGACAUGACAGAUAUAUUGACUAGGCCCAAGCUAAAUAUAGGCACUGAUAAAAUUGUUACUCAGGAAGAGUUGGACAACUGGCAACAUUUGAAGGACAUAAAGUUACCAGAUGUAGAAAUUGACCAAGUGCACAUUCUUAUUGGACAAGACAUGCCAGAAUUACUCAAACCAAGAGAGAUCCGAGAAGGAAAGACAGGAAUGCCAUAUGCAGUGAGAACAGCACUGGGAUGGACAAUCAAUGGUCCAAUUGGAGAAAGGUCAAGAGAAAAUGUUUCAAGUUAUUUUGUGAACACUUCCAAUGAACCCCAGGACCAGAUCAAGAACUUGUGCCAGCUAGAUGGACAUGAUGAAGAUUUUUCAGCUAUGUCUGUCAAUGACAAGAAGGUUAUGACUAUCUGGGAAAAUUCAUUGCACUUUGAUGAAGAAGAAAAACAUUACAGCAUGGACAUUCCAUUCCAAGAGCAGCCACUAAAUCUCCCAGAUAACCAGUCUGUGGCAAAUUUCCAUUUACAGUGCCUCAAAAGAAGGUUACAGAAAGACAAGUGGUUAAAAGAAAAGUAUGUUGAAAGUAUGGUAGAACUACGAGACAAAGGUUAUGCAGAAGAAGUGAAAGAGGCUUGUAGAGAUGAUGGUCAUGUUUGGUAUCUGGCCAACCAUCCAGUAUUACACGCCAGAAAACCAGACAAAUCCAAGUUAGAACACAACAUGGAAUCUUCAAGAGACCAGUGA